AUGGGAGUCGACUGGGAUGGAACAGCAGUUGGUUUUGCCUGCUUGGGAGGCUUUUUAAUAGCACUUUCAACGAUUAUUAACUUAUAUGUGAUGGGAAGAAUCACAGGGAUGAGUGGAAUUCUUUUUACAAUCUCGACAUGGAAUAAGAAAGAAGGCUUGAUAUGGAAAAUAAGUUUUAUAACUGGGCUAAUUGGAAUAAUUGUGUGCUUUAGGCUGGGGGUGGACCAUAAAGUUAGUGGACAAAAGAUUUUUGAUGGCGAAGAGGCUGGAGAUGAUUUAGAUGUGGCUGGAUGGAUUGUGGGAGGACUAUUUGUGGGCUUCGGGACAAAAUUUGGAAAUGGAUGCACAAGUGGUCAUGCUGUAUGUGGAGUCCCUAGAUUUUCUCCAAGAUCUAUUAUAGCAACUUGUAUAUUUUUGGGUUUUGGGAUUGCAACUGCCACAUUGAGGCAUUAUGAGCCAUUUUUAGAUGACACUUUGGACGUUAGCAGUGAUGCUUAUGAUAUCUAUAGAUUAGUAAGCGGCUGAGUUUAUUUAGCAGUUUUCGUUGGCUUUUUAAUACUAGCUAUCAUCACCGCUCUAUCCAAGGCAACCACAAAAAUAGGGAAAUUCGACUUAUGGGUCUCUUGCUUUGCAGGAGCUUUGUUCGGCUUAGGACUUUUACUGUCAGGAAUGUGCAGAAGGACUAAAAUUCUCGCAUUUUUAACGAUGGCUGAUGGCUGGGAUCCAAGUUUGAUAUUUGUGAUGGCUGUUGCAGUAAGCAUUAAUGUGGUUGCAUUUAACUUGAUUUUAAGACAGAAAAAAACCAUUAUGCAGUGCAAAAUUUGGAGUUCCUACAAAUAA